ACCUGGAGAGGUGCUGAGGACGCGAGGGGCCGAGCUCCGUCCUCCCGUCCGUAAUCCCCUCAGCGGUGACGUCACCAGGGUGUCUCCAAAGCGGCGCGGCGUCGAGCUCCGGAGCGGCCAGUGCGCAUCCCGGGACGCAUCACCGCUGUGGCUGCGGCUCAACUUUCGGCUCGUCGACAAACUUCGGACGCGUUGGGAAACUCUCGAAAAUGGGUUGCUUCGAAUGCUGCAUCAAAUGCCUGGGCGGCGUGCCGUACGCCUCGCUGGUGGCCACCAUCCUCUGCUUCUCCGGCGUCGCCCUGUUCUGCGGCUGCGGCCACGUGGCGCUCAGCGGCACCGUGAGCAUCCUGGAAACCUACUUCUCCAGGGUCGCCAGUGACCACGCCAUGCUGACCGACGUAAUUCAGCUGAUGCAGUACGUCAUCUACGGCAUCGCGUCCUUCUUCUUCCUGUACGGGAUCAUCCUGCUGGCCGAGGGCUUCUACACCACCAGCGCGGUCAAGGAGCUGCACAGCGAGUUCAAGACCACCAUUUGUGGACGCUGCAUCAGCGGAAUGUUCGUCUUCCUGACGUACGUCCUGGGCGUGGCCUGGCUGGGCGUCUUCGGCUUCUCCGCCGUGCCCGUCUUCCUCUUCUACAACAUGUGGUCGACCUGCGUCGCCAUGAAGUCGCCCACGGCCAACCUCACCGACGUCGACUCCAUCUGCGUGGACGUCCGUCAGUACGGGAUCAUCCCGUGGACCGCCACGCCGGGAAAGGCCUGCGGCGCCGCGCUGGGUCAGAUCUGCGACAGCAACGAGUUCUACCUGUCGUACCACCUGUACAUCGUGGCGUGCGCCGGCGCCGGGGCCACCGUCGUUGCUCUGCUGAUCUACAUGAUGGCUACCACUUAUAACUUUGCCGUUUUGAAGUUUAAGAGUCGAGAAGACUGCUGCACUAAGUUUUAAACUGCCAGUGAGACAGUCGCCACUGACAACACAUUAACUAAAAAAAAAGAGCAGGACAAAAACAAAUAGAAACAUCAGCAUCUCUCCAUUAGUGAUCGCACGAGUGUAAAUAGCUGAUCAUAUGCUUCUUUAGCAUUUGGGAUCCAGGGAUAUUGCUUCUUGUUGGAUGAUGGGGUGGCGUUUAGUCUGGUUGGAUUGUUCUGCUUUAUUUGGCACUCACUUAUAGAAGUAUGUCACUUUAAGACUUUAUAGAAAUGAACACUGCUUAAAAUCCACACCAGUGUUAUACUCAUAACAUUUUUGACCAGCGCUACUGCGCGGGUCUCUUAAACGACAGUAUUUAGCCUGCGGUGCUUCACCUUUCACGACAGGACGAGCUUCAGUUGACUGAAAUGAAACAUAAAUGUAGAACAAUUGAACGUAAUGAUCAACUCAUAUCAAAUCUUCAGGGUCCGUGCGUUCUCGGCCUAAUUUACCAGCUGAGUAGAUUCAAAUGCUCGACUCUGACCUUAAAGUUUCACUGCCAACCCCUCGAAACCCUUCAAGUGUUAAACGAGUACAAAUAUUCACUGUAGUUUUAUUCACGAGUGAAAUGCUAAACUGAACUAAAAACCUUUCGUCAGCCUUUUAUGUGGAUGAAUAUUACAGUGACCACGUGUGUAAAGUAGAGUUCCAGUAAAUGCACAUCCAGUGCCUAGCACUGCCUAGGAAGGUUUAGGCCAGUAUCAGGUGUAGUUCUGCGUGGGGCCCUGAGCCCCUCUCACAUCUCUUGUUUUCUAUAAAACCAAUCUCAUAUUUUAGAGCAGAGUAAUGUAUUUUUUUCUGAGAGCUGAUGCUGAUGUAGCCUCGGCUCAGAACUUGAUGUUUCGUUGCCUACAUUUUUCCUUUGUUCUUUCUCAAAGUGCCAUUAAAGAGCCAUUUUUAUCUUAACACUGAGCCUGCAUGCUGACAUCUUCAGAGUCUUUGACCUGUUUAUAGCUACUUAUACUCCAUAUUUCAUACAGUAUAUUUAAUUUUCCCUUAAGGUUUUGAAAAACUGUAGCUUUUCCUUUCUAUAUAAAAUAAACAAUAUUUGUUUACAAAAGUA